GGGACCAGCCCGAGGGCUGAGAGGGGCGGAGUCACGGAGGAGCUUCGGAGUUUAUCUUUGAUUACCCUUGCCGGGGAGGCGGGAGAGCUUGGCUCGGAGCCGGACAGAGGACCCCCAUCGUCGCCGUCGGAGAUCUGGCCUCACCUAAGACAGCGGGGCACCGGGCUUGACCGUCGCCCGCGGAACAUGGCGCCCUGGACGCUCUGGCGCUGCUGCCAGCGCGUGGUGGGCUGGGUGCCGGUGCUCUUCAUCGCCUUCGUGAUCGUUUGGUCCUACUACGCGUACGUGGUGGAGCUGUGCGCUUGUGGAAAUUUGAUAAUAGUACCUAACAAGAAGAAUAAGAAGGAAACAGAUCCCGAAAAAGUUACUAUUUCUGGAAAUGAAGAAACUGGAAAGACCGUUGUUUACCUUGUGGCUUUCCAUCUGUUCUUUGUUAUGUUUGUGUGGUCCUAUUGGAUGACAAUAUUCACAUCUCCCGCUUCCCCCUCCAAAGAGUUCUGUUUGUCCAAUUCUGACAAAGAACGUUAUGAAAAGGAAUUCAGCCAUGAAAGACAACAACAAAUUUUGAGAAGAGCAGCACGAGACUUGCCUAUCUAUACCACAACAGCUUCAAGAACUAUCAGAUAUUGUGAAAAAUGUCAAUUGAUUAAGCCUGAUCGGGCACAUCACUGCUCAGGAUGCGACAGAUGUAUUCUUAAGAUGGAUCAUCACUGUCCUUGGGUGAAUAACUGUGUGGGAUUUUCUAAUUACAAAUUCUUCAUGCUGUUUUUAUUGUAUUCCCUAUUAUAUUGCCUUUUCGUGGCUACAUCAGUUUUAGAGUACUUUAUAAAAUUUUGGACGAAUGAACUGACAGAUACACGUGCAAAAUUCCACGUACUUUUUCUUUUCUUUGUGGCUGCAAUGUUCCUGAUCAGUGUUCUCUCACUAUUCAGUUACCACUGCUGGCUAGUUGGAAAAAAUAGAACAACAAUAGAAUCAUUUCGUGCACCCACGUUUUCAUAUGGACCUGAUCCAAAUGGUUUCUCUCUUGGGUACAGUAAAAACUGGAGACAAGUCUUUGGUGAUGAAAAGAAAUAUUGGUUACUUCCAGUAUUUUCAAGUUUGGGUGAUGGCUGCAGUUUUCCAACUCGCCUUGUUGGGAUGGAUCCAGAGCAAGCUUCUGUUACCAGCCAAAGUGAACAUGCCAGAAGUAUUGGCUCAAAUCAACCUUUUCCUAUCAGACCACUUAGUGAAUCGAAAAACCGUUUGUUGGACAAUGAAUCUCAAUGGCUAGAGAAUGGAGCUGAAGAAGGUGUUGUCAGAUCAGGGACAAAUAACCAUGUUACAGUGGCAAUAGAAAAUUGAGUACCACUUGUUCAUAACUAACCAUUUGAUAAAACCAAGGUGUAUAAAAAAUACAUUGUCGACUGAUAUUUUCAAUUUUAUUUGCAAGAAAAUGAUCAAUGGAAUGAAAUAAUUUGAGUAUAACAGAAGAUAUAUAUUUUAAAAAAGGAAGCCUUUGUACAGUUCGCUGGAUCCACAGAAGCACUGCAAGCAGAAUGAUGCCUUAAUUUUAAAUGUCCAUUUGUGCAGCACUGACUCACAGCUCAAAAGUGACUUGAUUUUACUUUGGAAAUAACACUGACCUAUUAUGACAUGCUGUAACAUGUGCUAUCAUCACUUAAUGUGGCAUAAGUAUUUUUUUGAUCUCUGAACUACAAUAUUAGAAUUGUUUCUUGGUGUUCAUAUAGGUUCUCCAAAAACACAAACUAAAAACUUGUCUUAAAUGAAGUAUAUCUAGGAUAAAUGGCGGUUGAAAGUGAAUUAUAUCCAAAUUACUGUUGCUUGUACUGUAUAAGGGAAAGAAAAUAACUGCUUUUUUAUUGAGUAUUUGCUAAUUUAUAAUUACUGUUUUAUACUUUUCAACAUUUUUAAUAAAGUUUUUUAUUGUUGGCUAUAACAACACUCAGAAUGAUUCAGAUAUCUAAAUAUAAUUAUUUAGAACAUAGACUUCAUUGGUAUAAUUCACUGAAGGCUUAGAAGCAUUAGUACAACCAUGUAGUGUAUAGUAUAUGCCAAAGGCUUAAAGAAAUCUUGGCAGUGUAAGAAAUAUUUUGGGUACUCUGCUUUUUUUAGUACUUUUUGUUGAACUUUCAGGGGUUAUUUAUAUGGGCAAGGAAACACAAGAUAUGUAUGAUAUAGAAGAAUUGGGCACAGUAGGGAUAGAUGGAAGUGUCUAGA